GGGAACAUUUACGCUGCUGCGAUACGCCAGCCAAAAAAAACCGGGCCUGCAGCAUAUCUCGUGACUGACAGCAGACGACGAGAUACUCCGCCCGCUGUCCGGGCGGCGCAAUUGUGCUGUCCUCUUUGACCACAGGGCGAUGGUGCUUGGCUUCGAGGCGGCCGCACCCACUCCGUCAACGAUCCUCUCGCCCUCGCCCGCACCCGCGCCCUCGCACAGUUUCCCGGACCUGGGCCCGGCCGCCCCCGACGAUGGACAUACGGACCACGCGCAGAUCCUGUCGCAUGUCCUUACUACUGGAACCGAAUCGCUCCGCGCUCAUAAUAUGAGGUCUCAAGAUGGAGAGAUCGAAGGGCGCCCGCCUUACCUGCACUGCAUGCUCGCUGGCGGCCUGGGCGGGUCUACCGGUGACAUGCUCAUGCACUCGCUCGACACGGUCAAGACGCGGCAGCAGGGCGAUCCGCAUAUUCCGCCCAAGUACACCUCGUUAGGCGCGUCGUACGUCAAGAUAUUUCGGCAAGAAGGGAUACGGCGCGGGCUCUACGGCGGCUGGAUACCGGCGCUUGCCGGCUCGUUCCCGGCAACGUGUUUCUUCUUCGGCAGCUAUGAGUGGAGCAAGCGGAAGAUGCUGGACUCCGGCGUCCAGCCUCAUCUGGCGUACUUGCUGGCCGGCUUCAUCGGCGAUUUUGCGGCGUCGACCGUGUACGUGCCGUCCGAGGUUGUCAAAACUCGGUUGCAGUUACAGGGCCGAUACAACAAUCCUUUCUUCACGUCGGGGUAUAAUUACCGGGGAACGGUCGAUGCUGUGAGGACGAUCGUUCGGACCGAGGGACUCUCCGCUUUAUUCUACGGCUACGGCGCUACGUUGUGGCGCGAUCUCCCUUUCUCGGCUCUCCAGUUCAUGUUCUACGAGCAAGGGCAAAGUUGGGCACACCAAUGGAAGGGCAGCCGCGACAUCGGGUGGGAGUUGGAGCUCUUGACCGGAGCGGCAGCUGGCGGACUGGCUGGGACGAUGACAUGUCCGCUCGACGUCGUCAAGACACGGCUCCAGACCCAAGUCCACCCAGAAGCCGGAGGGCUCGCACCGCCUCCCACCGACCCAGCGCCGACGCCCGGUCCGGCCAAGGAGGGGAAUACGAAGAUCACGGCCGAGACGGCGGCGAACAAGUUGCAAAAGCGGCUGAUAUCAACCUCCUCUCCGUCCACACAUACCCCCAAGCCCGGCGCUAUCACGCUGCAGACGUCGUCUAUGAUCACCGGCCUCAGCCUGAUCUACAAGACGGAAGGCUUUGCUGGGUGGUUCAGAGGCGUCGGGCCGCGGGCUGCUUGGACCAGCAUCCAGAGCGGAUGCAUGUUGUUCCUGUACCAGUCCAUCCUGCGCAAGCUGGAACUGUACAUGCCUAUAGAGCGACGCGAACUUGUCUAGCGAUGACGCAGAACCAAGGGAGCGAGGCGUUGACUGUACUGUACAUAGACCAUCCUGUAUUAUCAUUCUGUGCUCUAUACUCCGGCAUGUGGCUGGCUGGAACGAGGUUGGGGGGGAGGGGAGACUAGGGGACGGCCAUAUCAGGGAGGGCGUUGGGGUGUGGGUUGGAUAGAUCUGUACCUGUUAGAUAUAGACGUGUAGAACAUUUGCGCAAUCUUCAUUCUCCAAUCUCCAAAAUUACCAGCCAUGUACACUGAAAUAAAUGUAUGGAGAUGGCGUUUUUGACUUGGUUAUGGUUCGGGCUCCUGAGUGGAAGCUCGGCUCACUGUGCUCUCGAUCGCUAAAAACCAUGCCGAAUCGUGAUUGGUGUAAGCUCUCGCCUACCUUGCUCUGCUGUGGGGUUCCAUCGGCCCAUGUG